AUGUCCGCCUUCCUCAAUAACCUGCUAAAUCGGCCGAAUGUCAUCAUCACGUCCCGGCCAUACGCCAAGCCUCCGACUCGCCUGGAUCUCGAAUUGGAGACGAUUGGGUUCUACCCAAAACAAGUGAAGGACUAUAUUAAAAUGGCUUUCAAGGACCGACAAACAGCUGACUGCGCUCAGUCGUUUCUUGAAAGUCGUAGCUUUAUCCAAGGCCUUAUGCGGAUCCCAGUUCAGCUAGAUGCGCUCUGUUUUGCCUGGGACAACAAAAACGUCAAUGACAGCUCGAAGCUUGACACUGUGACGGACGUUUACCGAGCCAUCGACCAAAGUCUAUGGAAGAAGGAUAUCCCGCGGUUGGAAAAGAAGCACGAUGGCAAGCUAAUAACAGCAGCUCGCAUCCAACGGGCUGAUCGGACCGAAGUUGAAAAUCACGUUCUAAAGGAGAUUUUGUUUCUGGAAAGCCUUGCUUUUACUGGACUGCAGAAUGACACAAUUGAAUUCGAAUCAGCACAUCUCGGACAAAUAUCCAACCGCUUUGCCCACGGUAUUUCACCCACUAUGACAGUGCCGUGCCUCUCCUUUCUCCGAACAUCAGAUUCAUCGGCGGAAUUCAGUAACAAAACCUAUCACUUUCUACAUCUGACCUAUCAAGAGUACUUUGCGGCUCGGUAUUUUGUACGGCAGUGGGAGGCUAACAAACCACUCGAAUACCUGGCACUCAAUGGUCAGAAGAAUGAAAAUCCUACUAUCAUCGAGGCUAUCCAGUUUCUUGGCAAGAACAAAUACACAGCCCGUUACGACAUCCUAUGGCGCUUUGUUGCCGGCUUGCUUGAUGCCAAGGGCAAGGCAGAGAAGUUCUUCCAAGCGAUCGAGGACCAAACCGCAUGA